UACACAUUUCGUUAUCAUUAAUUAAUAAAUACUUAAUAGAAGGAGUAUUAGUUAAAAAUACACAAUAAUCAUAACAAGUUGAUUGGGUUAGGAAUAGGAUUGCCAAUAUUGAGCACUGAAUAUUGUUUAUAUGUAAUAAUUAAUGGAUUUACUUGUUGAGGUUCUUAAGUAUUAAAAAUGUAAUUAUUCAGUUUUCAGAUUGCUUACUGUCAAAUUUGGUAGAUAUUAUAGAAAUCCUAUAAUUUGAUUAGGUGGUAUUAUUGUAUAUAUUAUAAAAAUGGUAUUAAUUCAUGUUAAGCAUGGCGACGAUAGUCAAUUUUUGUAUGAAGCAUCGUUGGAAACUCCUGUUGAUGAAUGUACAUUGAAUAUUACUUCAAUAUAUAACGGCCGUUUGAAAAUUUCCAGAAUCUGUAGUGAAAUGGAAGAGCUUAAAAAAUAUGGUACAUUGUUGCCACCUGAGAUAAUGGGAUUGACUGAUGAACAAGUUGUUGAACUUAAAUUGAUUGAUACAUGGGGUGAAAAAUGUAUACCUAGUGGUGGUUACACAUUUCACAAAGACCCAAUUGGACGCCGAAAUGGAAAACGCCCUAAUGAACAAAUGCAAAAUGUGUUAACUAAAACAAUUGAAGAGGCCAAGGCUUGUGUGUCAAAGAAAUUGGUUCAGUCUCAAAUUUCAUUAACCCAAAAGAAAGUUCAAGAAGCUCUUGACAUACUUAGAGGUGCAAUUAUGAUUGUUUAUCCAAUGAAUUUACCACCACAUGAUAACAUAAGACUUGAGAUUGAAAACAAUGAAGAUCUUUCAGGAACUCAUGCAUCAUUAGAUGUAAUUGCACCAAAUAUUGCACAACUUUGGUUUUCUGGUCGUGAAUUAGUACGAGAACCAAAUAAAAAAAUGAAGGACUAUUUGGGGCGCAAUGAAAAAACAAAAGUUGUGUUGAAGCUUACUAAGACCGGUUCUGGACCACCAGCUCGUGAACCACCAUUAAGUGAACAAGACCGUAAAUUAUUAAUGGCUGAAGCUUAUAAAAAACAAGAAGAAUUAAAGGUGAGUUAGUUUUAUUAGUUUCUGCACACAUUAUAUUUGUAUAUACUUUGUUUUUGUAAUGGUAAAAAAAAAUUAGAAGAUCUUAUAAUUAU